UCAGGGGUCAGGGGCCAGCGGCUGGUGAGGGAUCUGCUGCUGGUGGUGGAGAUACCCGGUUCCCGGCCUAUGGCGCCGGCGCAGCGCUGCCCCCUGUGCCGCCAGACUUUCUUCUGUGGUCGCGGGCACGUCUACAGCCGCAAGCACCAGCGGCAGCUGAAGGAGGCUUUGGAAAGGCUCCUGCCUCGGGUGGAGAGGGCCCGCAAGGCCAUCCGCGCCGCUCAGGUGGAGCGCUAUGUGCCGGAACACGAGCGAUGCUGCUGGUGCCUGUGCUGCGGCUGUGAGGUGCGGGAACACCUGAGCCAUGGAAACCUGACGGUGCUGCACGGGGGGCUGCUGGAGCAUCUGGCCAGCCCAGAGCAUAAGAAGGCGACCAACAAAUUCUGGUGGGAGAACAAAGCUGAGGUCCAGAUGAAAGAGAAGUUUCUGGUCACUCCCCAGGAUUAUGCACGAUUCAAGAAAUCCAUGGUGAAAGGUUUGGAUUCCUAUGAAGAAAAGGAGGAUGAAGUGAUCAAGGAGAUGGCAGCUCAGAUCCGCGAGGUGGAGCAGAGCCGGCAGGAGAUGGUUCAGUCUGUCUUAGAGCCUCAGGCAGUACCAGACCCAGAAGAGGGCUCUUCUGCACAUAGAAGCUGGAAAGGGAUGAACAGCCAAGUAGCUUCCAGCUCACAGCAGCCCUCAAACUUGGACCUGCCACCAGCUCCAGAGCUUGACUGGAUGGAGACAGGACAAUCUCUGACAUUCAUUGGGCAUCAGGAUAUACCAGGAGUUGGUAACAUCCACUCAGGUGCCACACCCCCCUGGAUGAUCCAAGAUGAAUAUACCUCUGGGAACCAACAAAUAGGACCAUCCUAUGAAGAAUUUCUUAAAGAAAAGGAAAAACAGAAGUUGAAGAAACUCCCCCCAGACAGAGUGGGGGCCAACUUUGAUCACAGCUCCAGGACCAGUGCAGGCUGGCUGCCCUCUUUUGGCCGUGUCUGGAAUAAUGGACGCCGCUGGCAGUCCAGGUAUAUGUUCAAUGCCAGGUCUCCAACCUACCCAUCCAACCUCCUUUUUGGAGAUGUCACCCUUCUUCCUGUUAACCCUUUAUUUCCUUUAAGGCAUCAAUUCAAAAAUGAAGCUGCAGCAAUGAAGAAGCAGUCACAUAGAGAAAAAAGCUAUUCGUGCUCUACCAACUACCACGAGGCUUAAAGCAACGUCAACAAACUCCUACUAUUGUACCUUCCACCAGAUUAUUUCUCUUUCUUGAUAGAGGAAACAGACAUACUUGUUUGUUUGAUUUAAUAAAGUUUUAUUUUUCCAAA